AUGAAUAAAGAAAGAAGGGACCAGUUAAGCGCGAGAAAUAAAGGCUCUUCAAGUGGUAAACAAGAUGAGAAGAGUGAUAGUGGGAAAUUUUUGAAAGUUUCACCGAACUUGUUUACUGCAGAACGAUUACCGUUAUUCGACAGUUUGGAUCUCUACACGACUUUGAUCAAAAGCAGUAAAGCGCUUGAGAAAGGAGAACGACUUCACAAUUUGAGUUGGCGGAUUGUUAACAAGGCGUUGUUGAAGCAUAAGGAUGUAAAUAGGUCGAAAAAAAGAGACGGUGUUAGGAAUUUGUACCAGGUGAUAGAUCCUGCGCAGAACCUUACGCCACGAAUUCGACCUGCUAGUCAGCCUAACAGAAGUCCAAGUGGAGUGACAAACGGGAAAUUUUAUCCCAUGCAAGUGAUGUCAGCGAUGCAAAGCAAUCCUACGCUCAAAGACGAGAGAAAUAUAGACCAUCAAACGGAGCUACAAAAAGUUAAAUCGCCUAGAGUUCCUGCCAUGUCGGCAGCGAAUAUCGACAGGAGUCGUUCUGUUAUCAACACAGUGAAGAGAAACGACACGAAAGGCGUAGGUAUGCCACCAAAACAUCGACCGCCCAAUCUCACUGUCAGAAGUACUAAAAGUACCGAUCAAGUUACUCCACAGAACGUAACGACAGGUUUUCGUCCAAAUGAAGCUGUUAUUAAGAAACCAGAUGAAACUAUGUUCAUAGUUGGUGGAACUCCAUCACCAGAACUGCGUUCUCAAACUGAUAAGAAAAAGGCCAAAAAACCUAUUUCGAAGCUUGUCGAUGACAAGAGCGAACCUAAAACUGGGACACACCCGACCACCACGGGUCAAUCGAGCGCAGGGGUCCGAACACAAUCUCUAUUCACGCCUAAAAAUCCACAUGAGGGCAAAAACGGACGAACUUCCGAACACAUUUUCUUCAGUAGCGACGAGGAAGAGUCGGAGCUCGACUCUUUGUCGGACGACUCAGAUUUCUAUGACGAUGAUGAAGAAGAAAAAUACUACCAAACGCAAUUGGACAAAUUACUGUUCGACAAAAAUGAGCGUCCUAAUGGUAGCGGCGCAAGUUCGCCCCUAGCUGAAAAACAUCAUGAUUCUAAAAGAAGUCUCCUUAGCGGUCUGUUUUUGAAUGAGAUGCAAAAAAGAGCGACCCCUUCUACCGUGGUCAGUCCGAUAACUACUCAGCGACCGACAUUACGUGAGAGCAGUAUCACAGCUGUAGGCGAUGUGACGCCUUCGGAGUCACACAAAAAUCCAUCCAUAUUCGGGCAAGAUCUUCAACAGGACCACCCAAACAAACCUACAAAAAGUAGCUCAGCGUCUUUGUUCUCGGCUCGCAGGUCUCUCCGUGGAAGUUUCAGUAGUUUGUUGUCUGAUGGUACCCGAGAGAGGUACACACAUGAAUCUAAUGCCCCUCUGACGGCUCAGACCAUUUUACCCACUGCACUCUCAACGCACAUGUUCGUACCGAACAACGUACACCAGCAGCGAUUGGCUAGGUCCGGAAGCGAGAAAUUAAAGGGCAAUCUACGACGAGAGUCGAUGGACAUUCCAUCGAAAAACAGAAAUAACUCCUUCCUGAAAACUCGUAUGGAAAUUUCAGAGGAAGAGAGUUUUACAAGAAAUUUACCAAGAAGGAACUUGCAUUGA